AUGAGGGUCUCCAGACCGAUUUUCUUCACCUUCUUCCCUGUACUUGCCUUUGCUCAUAUUGAUAAUCUUAAUGCUCGCCAUAAUGCUAUUCUAAACGCCCGUGCUUCCGCAUCGUCUGGAUCGUCUGUACCACCUGCUGCAUCUGGAAGUCCUGUUGCAACUAGUGCGCCGGCAUCUCCUCCUCCUCCACCACCACCACCACCUCCUCCUCCACCUCCUCCGCCCCCCACUGGGGCAUCAACCUCCCCAUCAAGCAUCGCCACCGGAGUACCCGCCUCCACUUCCACCUCUGUCUCAGCAACACCCACUCUAAGCUUCACCCUUGCGGCUACAAACCCGACAGCUGUACCCUUGUCUGAGAUUAAUUCGGCACAAUCCAGUGUUGCCCAGAUCAUCUACACGUCUACUGCAGCUUUCGGAUCGACCCCAACGUUUUUGCCAGGCGCACCUCCUCUGCCGAGUCUUACGGCGCUACCCCUUCCUGCUGAUAGCUAUCCGCCCGUGGACCAUGUACCUCCAACAGAUUCUCCAGAGGUUCUACAGUGGAUUCAAGAUGUCAAAAAUUCAGGUGUCGUUAUUCCAGACUUCGCUCCUACCGAUCCAAGUGCUGGAUGCGGAGGUGUGAACGCGGCUGCUGCAGCUGAUACUUCUCGGUGCUGGUGGUCGUGUGGUGGAUGCAAUCGCACGAGCGACAUUACCCAAUGCCCUACACCUAUGGACUGGGGGUUGACGUAUGAUGAUGGACCCGCGCCAUACACCCCGAACUUGAUCAACUAUUUGGACGAACAAAAACUGAAGGCUACAUUCUUCGUCGUUGGUUCCCGCGUCUUCCAACACCCGAUCAUGCUUCAGAGCCAGUACAUGGGACAGCAUCAAAUCUCGGUCCACACCUGGAGUCACGCUGCUCCCCUUACCAGCUUGACAAACGAGCAGGUUAUUGCAGAGCUGGGAUGGUCCAAGAAGAUCAUCAAAGAUGUUCUGGGUGUCACUCCCAAUACGAUGCGCCCACCUUAUGGUGACAUUGAUGACCGUGUCCGAGCCAUUUCGUUGGCAAUGGGCCUCACUCCCAUCAUGUGGACCCGUGUCAGCGCCGUGUCUGCUUUUGACACCGGCGAUUUCUUCAUUGCCGGCGGAGGAACUUCCGUUCAACAGGUUCUGCAGAACUGGGAAGAUAUUGUGGCCAAUGCCAAUACUAUGAACCACGGCUUCAUCGUUCUCGAGCAUGAUCUGUUUGAACAAACUGUGGAGGUUGCCACAGGUUAUAUCCUUCCGGACGCCCUUAACCGCAAGCCUGCUUUCAGCAUCAAGCCUGUCAUCUCUUGCCUAGGAAAGACUAUGGCUGAUGCAUACAUCGAGACCAACCUUAACAACACCAAUCCUCCACCGCUGUCGGCAGCUGUAUCAGCUGGAAUUUUCACUACCACUCCUGUCGUUAGCUCAUCAGCUCCCACAGGCACAGCGAAGGGUGGGUCUGACGCAGGAGGUAAGGAUGGGACUAAUUCGGAUAAUUCAGGAAAAUCUGCAGCAAAUGCACUCAGCGUUCCUUCUGUUCUUGGUGGGGUUUUGUCUCUCGCUGGGCUGGUUAUUGGCUUGCUACUAUAG